AUGGACUCGGCGUAUAAUAUAGACCCUACAACUAAACAACCUAUUAAUAUCACAGUGAAGAAUUUAAACUACUCUAUAGAAAUACCUGGAACCAAGCCCAGUAAACUACCCUGUCUUAGAAAGAAACAGGAAAUAGUGCCACCUACCGAGAAGGUCAUCAUUGACGAUGUCUCUUUUCAUGUUAAAAGUGGUCAGAUGUUGGCUAUUAUGGGCAGUUCAGGUCACGGUAAGACGUCUCUAUUAAAUGUAUUAUCAUGUCGGAAUGAAGGGGGUACGCUAACUGGUGAUAUAGAACUGAACGGUGUUAAACAUACCAAACAUAUGAUAGAACAUUUCUCAGCCUACGUCAGACAAGAUGAUCGUCUGCUUCAAUACCUCACAGUGAAAGAAACUCUGAUGUUUGUGGCCAAAUUAAAAUUACCCUCGAAAUUAACCCAGUUUGAGAAAGAAAGCAAGGUGGACGAGGUUCUAACAGAGUUAGGUUUAAGUCACGUGUCUAACACAAGAGUAGGUGGCGCUAAUAUUCGGGGUAUUUCCGGUGGUGAGAGAAGGAGAGUCAGUAUAGGAAUACAGCUACUUAUGGAUCCUAGUGUAUUGUUUCUAGAUGAACCAACUUCCGGUCUCGAUGCCUUCACAGCCAAUCAUCUGAUACAAACACUUGAAGUCCUGACCAAAAAACAGAGAACUAUUAUCAUGUCUAUACAUCAACCCAGGACUGAUAUAUUUGAGCUGUUUCAUAUGGUACUGGUAUUAUCACGAGGUAAAACUGUGUAUUUUGGUGAGGCUCCGGAAAUGAUUCAAUAUUUUACAGAUCUUGGCUUCCCCUGUCCUCAGUUGACCAACCCUUCUGACUUUUACCUUGAUUUGGCGACGAUUGAUGUAACAUCGGAAGAGAAGGAGAAAAGAACUUCGGAAGUUUUAAAGAAUCUCUGCCAAGCUCAAAAAGAUGCCCAGGAGAAGCAGGAAGCACCGGAACCAGUUAGUAAGGAACUCAGUGAUCACACAGUAGCCGGUGCUAUGAGGAAUCAUAUUGGGUAUCCCGGGUUUUUCACACAAUCUUCUGUCCUAGCUAGACGCCAUUUUAAGAACAGUGUAAUAGAUUACUGGUGUUUAUUAGCUCAGGGUAUCCAGGCUUUACUCGUAUCGUUAGUAGUAGGAGCUGUAUUUUAUCAUAUAGCUGGUGAUCAACAUGGUUUAUACGACAGAUUCGCUUUCUUCUUCACGCUCUGUGGUUUUUAUGGUUAUUCUAUCUCUCAAGAUGUUAUCACACGCAAUGCUGUUGAAAGAAAUUAUUUAUAUUUUGAACUACAAGAUAAGAUGUAUGGACAUUUUGCUUAUUACGUUGCCAAGUUAACAGCCGAGUUUCCAUUUCAUAUAUUUUUUUCUGUGAUAUUUUUCAUACCAGCGUAUUUUAUGGCUGAUCUUAACGACGAUACAGAAACGUAUUUUAAACUGUUAGGUACCGUGUCGUUGUUGUUGUAUUGUUGUCGGAGUUUGGCUGUGUUCGCCUCGACCACCCUACCUAACUAUACCUUCGCCAGUAUGUUGAGUAAUAUGAUAUCAGGUAUACUAGUUCUAGUCAGUGGGUUCUUCAUCAAUCUCGAUUCACUGGGUUCAGGGUUCCGAUGGUUAGCUGAUAUAUCCUACUAUAGAUGGGCGUUAUCGGCAGCCGCUCACUUCGAUAUCAAGCCACGGAAUUUUACUUGUGAGUUAGUCCAGAAAGAGUUCUGUAUCUAUACUGGAGAAGUGGCGCUGGAGAAAUUCGCGAUGGCAGACGAUGAAAUAUGGGUGGCAUUUACAGUAAUAUCAGCAAACGUUGUCGUGCUAUUGGUGGCUGGAUUUCUUGCGUUACGGUUUCUACCUCAACGACCGUACGAAUAUUAA